AAAGCAUCUCUUCUCAGGAGGAUAGCUGGGUGCUGAGCAGUAUUUUAAAUCAGGCCAUUUCUUUAGGUGUCUAAAUGAGGAAGCUGAUCUCUUAUCAUCUGGCUAGCAGGUUUGAUCCAUCCAACUCCAACAACCUCAACAGCCUCCAGUCUUUACCCAGUAAAUAGCCAUAUUAGUGCGGGGCUUGCUCUAUGCUGGUCUGUUCUAAUCACCUGGACUCAUUGGGACUUCAACCAGAAGACAUCAUGAGAAUGAUUCUCCCUUGCCAUCUUGGGCCAUCAUUCACACUUGUGCAAGGUGAAUGUAAAAUGCUACCAUAUCAGAUUGGCUGGAUUUUAAAACUUACCUUCCAGAACAGUGAAUGACAACAAAAGGUGCAGUGCAGGAAAGGAUCAAGCCCUGCUUAUGGUGAGAUGCUUGUCACUGGUUUCUAGGACACUUCAGACACACGGCAGACGCUUGGUACUUUCUGUCUCCUUCCUAGCAUCAAAGACCCUUUUGCCUCCAGAGCUGGCACCUACAAAAGGGCGGGUUAGUCCUCUCCAUCACACUGUGGUUGGUUCUUGCGGUUUACAGCAGAGUUGCCAACAUGGGGAGCAGGCUUGGCAAAAGGAAGCGUCUUGGUGUGCCUGACAAAUCUACAGACCAGAAGGCUGAGAGGGCAGCCAUGGAGAUGGAAGGGACCCCACAAGAGACACCUGAGACCCAUCUUGCUGCAGAGACUGCACUAGAUGCCACCCAAGUGAUGGGCAAGGCUGACUGCUCUGAAGAGCCUGCACCAAGGACCACAGAAGAGACUGCGAGUCAGACUGCCACAGAGCAUGGUGAGGCCCAACCUAGUGCAGAGACCACUGAAGGGAAUGAGUCACAGCCAGAAGCAAAGAUGCCACUAGCAGUCCCCCAAAUCACUGAGACCCAGCUUGACACAGAGACUUCAGAGCACACUAGUGAGGCACAGCCUGUUGAGGAGACCUCACUAGAUCCCACAGAUGAGACUGAAGCUGCCACGGAGCACUAUGAGUCUUCUCCUAUUGAAGAGACCACAGAGGUGACUGAAACACAACUUAAUGUGCUACAUGACCAAGGGACUGAAGCCCAGUUAGCUGGUGAGAUUCAGCCCAUCAAUAUUGGUGUAUUGAAGACUGAGGACCAGCCUACUGCAUGGAGCGGAGAAGAAACUGAGGUGCCAGUUGCAAUGCAAACCAGGCAAGAGGCUCUUGGAGAGGCAGAGCGUGCUGCACAGACCCCCCAAAUGACUGAGGCAGAGUCCAUUGUAGAGACUGCACUAGCCUCCACGGAAUUGAUAGCAGCUCAGCUUGCUGUGCAGGAUACACAGCUAGGUGAGAUGCAACUUGCUGAAAUGGGUGAGUCCCAGAAAGUAACUGAUCAUGCUGAGAACUGUUCUACUGCAGAGCCCAUGGAGGUGACUGAGGCACAACCUGCUUCCCCAAGUGCGCACAAGAUCCUCCGAGACACGAAGGGGUCCCAGCCUCUUGCAGAGAGGUCUCUAGAGCCCACCGAAGUGAGUGAGGUGCAUAGUAUUGCACAGACUACGGAGGAGACCAAUGAGGGCCAGAAAAUUGCACAGGCCAUAGAGGCUGAAGUCUGCUCUAUUGAAGAGACUUCUGAGAAGACCACAGAAAUAAUGAUUGGGGCACACUCUGCUGCAGUGACCAAAGGAGAGCCUGGUGAGGCUCAACCCAUUGAGCCUCCUAGCAUCGCAGAAGUGGCUGAGACACAGAACGCCGCUGAGAACAGUGAAGACCAACCUUGGUCAGAGACCACAGAGGUGACUAAAACACAGCCUAUCGCACUACAUGCACAAAAGAGCAAAGCAGUGGCUGGUGAGGACCAGCCUGCCUUUGAGACCUUGGAGAUAAUGACGGACUCCCAGCCCACAAUGCUAGGCAAGCCAGACACUGAGGCCCACAAGACUGUACAGAGCACAGAAGAAACUGGCAAGGGACAAACUGCUCUGCCAGCCAUGCGAGGCAUCCUACAAGAGACACUACCUACUGGUGAAGCCCAGCAAGCUGUAGAGAUCCUAGAAGAGAGCCUGCAUGUGACUGGUGGGGCCCAAUGUCUUGCAGAGACGGAGUCCCAGAAUACCACAGAGAACGGUGAGGCCCAUCCUAUUCCAGAGACUGAGGGAGCAUCUGUCCCAAACCCGGAGACUCCUGAGGAGGCGGGUGUGUGGCCGACAGCAGAAGCAGCCGAGGGGAGAUCUACUGAAGACAUGGCACUAGACACUGCAAAAAUAAGUGAGGCUCUGCCUGCUGGGGAAAACCAGGCCCAUCCUAACACCGAGGUAAGAGAAGCAAUGGCGGUACAGGCUGCUGGCACAGACACAUGGAGUCCCCGAGAGACUGAGACUGUGAGGGAGACUGUGACCCAGUCUACUGAAUGGAGCACGCCAGAGGGGGGUGGGACUCAGCCUACCGCAGAAGCAGCUCAGGUGCAAACUGCUGCACCUAUUGUACAAAAGUCUGAGCCUGCUACAGAGACUCCAGCAGGUAACAGUGAGUCCUGUCCUACUGUGCAGGCCACAGAAGAGAUGGCGGUGCCUCCUCUUGCAGAGACCGAGAUACAAAUUGCUGCCCCAGCCACACAAGAGCUACCCCGAGACUCAAGUGAAACGGUCUCUUGCACAUGCAGCCCAAUAGGCUGCGAGGUCCAGUCUGCUGCACAGACCGCUGAAGUGUACGCAACAGCACUAACCAUUCUAAAGUUUAUCCAAGAGACCAGUGAGGCUGCUGCUAAGACCACAGAAGAAAAUGAAGCCUGUCCUAUUCCAGGGACUGUGCUAGAGACCCCAAAAGAGGCUGAGUCUCUGCAAUCAUUGACGGAGACCACAGAAUUAAAGUUUGAAAAGAGGGGUCAAGAUCCUCAAAUCCCAGCUAAUAUAACUGAAGACCAGGAAGGAGGGGAAUGUGCAGCAAUAAGCAAGGAAGAAAUUCUGAAAGCUUCUGAGCCCAAGAUCUCUGUAGAUGCUGAGUCAAAACUACAGCAGUACACUGAGCAAGAAGACCCAGUUGCUUCUCUUGGUGCCAGUUGUGAGCUCCCUCAGACACUGGAGCCCAGUAGUGAGAUACAUGCUUUCCAGCCUCUGGCAUCCCUAGUGACUGCAGUAGAUGAGAGAAGAGUCCAAGGGGAGCCUAAACCGAUUCUUUCAGUUUCUGAAACCCAAGGCACAAAGAGUGAAAUGGCCCUUCAUUCAGUCUGUGGACCUAUUGGCAGUGAAGCUGUGCCUUCAAAGGAGACGUUUGCAAGAGAAGCACUUGACCUUAUUCCUAUGGCCUGAGAGCCUCUAUCCCAAACAGAAGAGAAACUAGAUCCCAGCAACGGUGCCAGCCCAAAACAAACUAACAGAUUUCCUGUACCUGAGCUGUGCUGUAUGUCUUGCCCAAAACAUCCCAUGAAACUGCAAUUGUGUAGAAUUCAGAUAUAGUAUAAUGGGCAUUCUGCCAAUAUUAGUCUCCUCUUCUAUAGAUGGUAAGAACUGAAAAUACAGCUCAUCUGUGUCUAAACUGCUGUAAACAUACACUCCUACAGAUAGCUGUCUACCUUUUUAAAGUAAUGUGUAUUAAGAAUGCUUUGCAGAAGACAAAAUAGACUUUUGAGGUCCAGUUGGUAUUUUGAACACCUUAAUUACCAUUCUCCCUAUUUUCUACACCCUUUACAACACUGAACACUUAAGUUUUAAUCCCUCGCUAUCUUCUUGUUAACUAAUAUCUCACCUGAAUUAGCCUACAGAGAGCUGGCAAGCUAAUGCACAUACCAUUCACUUCUUAUUAGCAUUUGAGGUCCAUUUUCUGACAGAUACCUAAAGGCCACUUAGUAUUGGAGAAUAAGCUACUGAAAUUAUGUAACUGUCUAACCAUUGCAAGUUAACAUGCAUCCAUACUGCACCGAGCUGGGAAGAGGACACACUUGAGUUCAGAGAUGAGAAAAGGAGACACGAGCCUGUGUAUUGUACUGUCAAAUGCUAGACUUGUUUUAAUGUUUGUGUCAAUAAACAGUAUUUUAUGCUCAUCA